CGCGGAGUCGGGACUGAGGAUCAGGAUGGCGUUCUUCAGGCCUAUUCUCCUCUUAUCGGCAUCUCUUGUGUUAUCCUUUGAAAUCCAGGACGGCAAGUUUUACUGUUGUCUUUUUGUUGGUGCAUUUUGGUUAGAGUUAUUUCAUGCCAGAAAACACGUUCGGAUGUAGAUAUCCUUUUAUUAUUAUUCAUUUUUGAGGGGGGGGGAGGCAGGUGCAUUAAAAGGCUAUCAUCCUCUUCUGUACUUUAUUCGAGACGAUUUUCCAGUCACCGAGGUCCUGACGUCCUGCGAAACGUCCGGACACCCCAGCAUUCCAGCGGCAUUUCGCUUGCUUUACAUCAGCCCACAAAAGGUCAUCUGGAGCACCUCGAGCAACAGUGUCCCUCGGAUAUUCCCCGUGCCUCAAGGUGUCAGCGGCUGGACGAGACUGAGACUUGGUUUAGGCAAACAGCUGACUCUGGAGGACGGCGACGGCCGUUCGUGGCUGCCUGCAGACCUCCAACUCGGCUGCGAGGUAAUGUAUGGCAAGUUCACGCGAGGCUGCUCUGCGGGCAUGCCUGCCUGGGUAGUGGAAGGCGGUGCAACCGUAGAUCUCCCUCUACAAAGAACAUUCAUCCGAGACUCGCAAGAAGCUAUUCAAGAAUCAAUAAUAUUGUUUUCUCAAGCCAAUUAUGAGCCUAGACGGACUGAAGUUCGUGCUCGGACUUCGAGGCGGUCGCUUGGUGGCGUGCAGCGCCACGAGUCCCAUGCCGCCCUCCCCGCACCAUUUUGUCUUGGAGACAUUCGCAGAGGGAAGCUGCAAGACGCUGAAGAUCCAAAGAGCAAGACGACAAUGUGGUUCCUGACAGGAGGCCUUGUGGUGAUGGCAGUCAUGUUCUCCGUCCUUGUCUAUUAUUAUCAUCAUAGACAGCCUACUCAGCCGGCGCGAGGCCGAGAAGUGCCGCCAUACCCAACCGCCGUCGACCCCGCCUACUUGGAGCCCGCCCCCCGCCCGCCCCAUUCUAGGAUCCAAGGCGCCCGCGCUAGGAUGCCCCACGCCCCCGAGGAGCACUUGGCUAGAAGUCGGUCGAGGUCUGAACAUGAAUAUGAGGAGGCUGGUCGCAUCCCUGAAGCCUCGGCUUUCGACAGGCCUUCCAUACAGACACUUACAAAGAAGAGGUUACUAUGAAGAUUCCCCAACGCACACAUAUGCGUGUGUUUAUACACACACACACAU